AUGGAAAUUCUUGGCUCACAUAACUACUUUAUGCUUUCUGCAAGUGAUCCAAAUCUUGACUAUAUGAGAAGCGAGUUUAAAUCGCUUGAAGAGCCAUCCUUAAUGCAAGUCGGCAAUACACUUGCAACUGGUGAUAAUUCAGUUCACCGAUCAGCAUUUAAAGUUCCAUCAAAACUCACUCAACCCAAUCAGAUGUGUAGUGAAGUGGAUCAAAAAAUCGUUCCUGGCGUUUGUCCCUAUGCAACAGAAGACUGGAAUUUGAAAAAUGGACUACUUUCCUUCAAUCCUUUCGAUGACUUGCAAGAAUUGCCCAUCGAUCUCUCUUUAUCUAAACUAAAGAAAGAUGAAGUCCCAAACAAUCAGUGUAAUUCUGAAGGGGCUGGCACCUUUCCAGAAGACCUGACUUUCCAGACCCCAGCAUCGUCCCUAUCAACUGCUUCCGCUUCUUCAAUGCAUUCACCGGCAAAAGGGCCUUCAACAGCUAAAAUCUCAAGAAGGCAGGGGAGAAAGCUACUUCGGUGCCCAGUUCCUGGUUGCGAUGGUAGAAGCCAUUCAUCGGGUAAUUACGCCUCUCAUCGUAGCGUUAGUGGUUGUCCUAAAGCAGAUAAAGCAAUGGUUCAAGCCUUCCACGUUGAACAAAAGUGUCCCACACCAGGUUGUGAUGGUUCUGGCCACAGAACUCAUAACUACACCAGCCAUAGAACUCUGAGUGGUUGUCCGCUACGGGGCCACUCACAGGGACCCAAGCGCCAGCAGCAAAUUCUGGCGAUCCGAAGUCAACAACAGGCUCAGGCACAAGCUCAACUCAACUCUCUCAGUCUCUCACGACUUCAAGCCUUCUCCGCGCUCCAUAAAAUGGCGAGAAUGGAGUCGCCCAUUGUUGGAGUAUGGGAGACGUCGUGGAAAUUGAAAGCUGACUCUUGGUAG